AUGUUUCGUGGCCCGAUACAAGCCCACUCGUACAUCGGAGCUCUCCCAGUUGAGCUUCUCGACAUCAUUUUCAAGGAGUUGUGCUACAUGUUGCCUAAACGAGAACCCAAGACCCAACUUCUGAAGCAGCUUGCUUCGGUCUGUCGGUUCUGGAGCAAUACGCUAUCUUUGAACCCAUCAUUUUGGACGUCAAUCCUCAUCAUCGUUGGUAAAACACCGACUACAUUGGCGGAUGUUCACAUGCAUUUGUCUCUGUCCGGAAACCAACUACUAGACAUCCACUUUCUUGGUCGGGGUAUUUUCCACUCGCCUGCGGACGAAACGUCUCAAGUUGCGAAGUUCAUGAUCCUCCUACGCCCUCACAUCUCUCGAUGGAGAAGUUUCAACGCACGAUUACACCAUCAGGAAGCAUUACCUUGGCCUGGGAUCGACAUACUUGGUCGCGCUCCGAAGCUUACUCGGCUCUAUCUCAAGUCUCGUGAGCCGGACGACGAGGGUUGUAACCCUAUCCAAUAUCUAAUGGAAGGCUUUUUGAUCGCACCUUCCCUAAAAGAACUCCAUGUCGAUGGCUUCAUAUUCAAGAACACCUACCUUGAAAAGCCGAAGCUAUUGGCAUCGGUGACAUCGGUCUCCAUCUCGCAUUUCGCCAUGUAUCACGAACCAACAAUGUCUCUUGACGGCCUGAUUAAAUGCUUGCACGCUCUCCCUAGACUGCAGUCCCUGACGCUUUCAUGUGUCGAAUUAAUCUGCAGGGAGGACGCUGAACCGCUCAUGCACGCGUUCCGCCCAAAAUCCAUUACGUUCCGUUGCAUAGAGCGCUACGUGCUGAACGAGUUCUUUCGUCUUAUCAACGCACGCGCACCCAGGGAGCUGGCAUUUAUUCGCUGCGACAUUCCUAACCCGAGUAUUAUGCGUUUGGAGAAUGUCUCCGUCCUAAACAUCCAGGACGAAUGGUCGUCUGAAUCCGUCUUAAUGGACUACCUCCUCCGCUUCAACGGUAGACGUUUGCGACUUGCCGAUAGCUCCAAGUUUGGCCCUCGCGAGCUCGAAGCGUUGUCCUGCGAGCAGCCCUCUGGACAGUGGGUGUGCCCAUACAUCACUCAGCUCCUCAUCGACUACUGCGCGCAGUGUACAAGUGCCAACAUCCGCCGUAUGGUUGAAGCGCGUAACACAACGUAUGCCAUGUCCGGAUACGCUCAACGUUCAGAUCCUCACUUCAAAGUCCACCCUAUCCAGUUCAUGGCGAUCUACAAUUGUGGUGUCCUCGAUCCAGCUGACAAAGAGUGGUUCAAUGCGAAUGUUAUACAUGCUAUCUGGGACGAUUGGGAUGGUGGAUAUGGCGAGUACGAUUAG